AUGGUCUUGACGGGGAAAAGAGCUGUGCAUGGCAAAGAAGCGCCAGGAGGGGGGCCAGGACUGUGCUUCGCCUGUGGACGUCCCGGCAGCCGCGACGGGUGCUCGAGCAGGUGGAAGCACGUUGGACAGGGAACAUAUUGGGCGGAGCUGGGCGAGUGGUCUGCCAUAGUAGGGGAAGAGUGGCCUCAUGAGCGCGACACGUGCAGACCCUCUCAAAGUGGGAGAGUGCAUCUGUACACGGCCCGACUGCGUUGGCGGGAUGUACAAAAAGUUCAAGAGGCGCCGAGAGAAGGAGGAAAACGGGUCUAG